AUGAGAUAUGUACCCAAUGCAUAUGUGAUCAAUCCGGUCGAUUUGGAAAAUCGUUGGCGGGGUGCAAAAUCGUGGAUGUUUGAAGCGGCUCGAAUGGAGGAUUUUGCUCAGUCAGAACUGUUGCGACAAUUUCAAAGUCUAAAUGGUCAAAUGACAAAAUGUGGCGAAAUCAAUUGGUUGACGAGUGCCCAGCUGGCACAGUAUAUUCAAUUGGCUGGUGAACAGUACAAAGAAUGGCUAGAUCCACGACGUGAUCGCGUCACACUAAACGGCUGGUCACCACGCCCAGGUAGACGAGAUCCAUCAUCGAUGAUCAAUCAGACUUGGAGUACCAGUCCAGCGGACAUAUAUUACCGGACGAUUGAUCGUACCACAUGGAAUUUGAUGGAGAAUGCCAAUUGGUUGCCGUAUCUGGAUGCGGUCGAUGAGUAUUUGAGAAAAAUCACAGGUUAUGAGUUCAUCGGACACAGUACACGACUCGGUCGCAUACCACAGUCUGAUAUCAAACCUUGCACGCCAUUAUCUUUUACCGAGGCGUUUAGCAAGCUGAUUUCUGGCAAACGAUUUUUUUCUAUUUCUAAAAAGCAAAUAGAAUAG